CAGGAUGCAAACAAAUUUUACCAUCUUACAACGGCUGCAUAGCAUCUUGUCUCAUACAAAUAUAUCACGUCGUCUAUGUACAUCUCAUGGAAGUCAGCUUAAGCGCCUGGUAUUGAUAUCAAAAUCAAAAAGUAUAUUUCAUAAUUUGGCACUGGAAGAAUGGAUGUAUGAAAAUAAAGACUUUGCUGAUGUAGAAUAUCUGCUGCUUUGGAAGAAUAGGCCAACUGUAGUAUUUGGACGACACCAGAAUCCUUGGCUUGAAGCUAAUGUAUCAUUAGCAACAAAAUAUGGAGUGGAUAUUUCUAGAAGAUCCAGUGGAGGGGGCACAGUCUAUCACGAUGAGGGCAACCUUAACCUUUCCUUUUUGACAUCCAGAGCUCGUUACAACAGAAAAGCUAACCUCAACCUUGUUGUGGAUGCCCUGACAGCUAGAUGGGACUUAGAUCUGACAGUCAACGACAGGGAUGAUAUUAUGUUAGAAAAAUUUUACAAGGUUUCUGGCACAGCAGCAAAACUAGGUCGUGUCCAAAGUUACCAUCAUUUUACAUUGUUGGUGGAUGUGGACCAACAGAAACUGCUGCAGUGUUUAACAUCAGUAAUGCAAGGAGCAGAUAGUAAAGCUACAAGAAGUAGCCCAGCAUCUGUGAGAAAUUUGAUAGAAAGAGCUCCUGAUAUGACAUUUGAAAGUUUAGUAGAAGUCAUUGGCCAGAAUUUUCUUCAUAAAAAUAAUGAGCAGGUUAAUUCAGAAAAUUAUCGUUGGAUUGAUCCAGUAAAUGAAGAAGAUUAUCCAGGAAUAUCAGAGAUUGUGGCCAGACUUGAAUCAUGGCAGUGGGUGUAUGGGAAGACGCCCGCUUUUUCUAUAUUUAGAGCCUUUGUAGGUCACUUUAACUCAAAGCCUUGUACAUUAAAAAUCAGCAUUACUGUAGAAAAAGGAAAUUUAACAUCACUUAUCAUGGAGGUGGAUAGAAUGUGUGAUGAUUUACAAGAUUUAAUGGAAACUAUGCAAAAGUAUUAUUUGUCUAAUUUAAAUAGUCCAAGUCUAACUAGAGAAAAUAUAGAAAACUUACAAACUGGUUUUGAGUUAUAUGUUUUAGCAGAGUCAGGUAGUAAUGAAACUGUUUUUGUUCAAUGGGUGUCUAACUCUAUAAAAUCUUGUUUUAGUUUCUUGUAAAAUUUGUAGCACAGUAUUGUCAGGUUUUAAUUUAUACAUUUUAUAAAUCGACUACUAUUGUUAAAAAUGUGCAUUUGAAGAUCUAAGUGAGUUUUUAAGAGUAUUUAUUACCUUUACAAAUUUCUGUAAAUUAAACUACUGGUUUGUAGGAUUAUAUUAAUAAAUU